GACGAGACCAAAUUUCAUCCUGCAACAACUCAGCUUCUCAUAGGAAAAGCCAUGAUAGACCUGCUAGACAGGCUACUGGCCGCAGCAGCAGGCAGGGUCGGGCUGCCUCUGGACGCUCUCAAGACCAUCGUGUGUCUCCUGCUUGCAUAUCCGCUUGCAGGACUCCUCAAGCGUAUCCCAGAUGACCAACCCCGCCUCAGGAACCUGUUUUGCAUCGCAUGCGGCUUGUUCUUCCUGGUGGGUGUGUUUGAUCUAUGGACUGGACUCGUUCAUAUCCUCGUCUCGAGUCUUGUAACUUAUACCCUCGCUGGGUUUUGGCACUCGCCCUUGAUGCCCUGGGUCAAUUUCGUCUUCAUCAUGGGUCACAUGUCAUAUAAUCAAGUUGCGAGACAAUGGGCCAACGAUCCCGAUGCCGUCGACAUCACAGGCGCACAAAUGGUCCUCGUCAUGAAAUUGACGGCAUUCGCAUGGAACAUCAUGGACGGCAAAAAGAAGGACCUCGCCGACUUUCAAAAGGAGAAUGCACUGACUCAUCUCCCAGCACUCGAUGCUUAUCUCGCCUGGGUCUUCUUCUUCCCAGCAAUGCUCAUUGGCCCAGCCUUUGAAUUUGCCCAAUACGAGAAAUGGCUUUCCCUACAACUCUUUGAACCGCCUGCACAGAUCAAAGCUGCUCCAAGAUUCAGAAAAGGCCGCAAGAUUCCUCGCAGUGGACGACCUGCACUGCGACGCGCACUUGAGGGUCUCUUCUGGCUCGGAGUCUUUAGUUGGCUCAGUACACGCUUCAGCGUGCAAGAUGUGCUGUCGGAUCGAUUUGGGAGAACAUCCUGGUUAUACCGAUUCUGGUAUAUCAUGCCACUUGCUUUGACGCAUCGCACCAAGUACUAUGGCGUCUGGAAAUUGUCUGAGGGCAGUUGUAUCCUAGCUGGCUUCGGCUUUAGCUACAAGGACGGCAAGCAAGACUGGUCUUCCAUUGAAAACAUCUCACCCUAUGAAUUCGAAACCUCGCAAAACACAAAAGCCUUGCUCGAGGCUUGGAACAAGAAUACCAAUAAAUGGCUCAAACAGUACGUCUACCUGCGUGUCACACCUCAAGGUAAACGACCGGGAUUCCUGUCAACCUUGGCAACAUUCCUAACAAGUGCUAUUUGGCAUGGCUUUUACCCUGGCUACUACCUUGCCUUUAUGCUUGGUGCAUUUGCACAAACAAUGGGCAAGUACUAUCGUCGCAACCUGCGUCCAUUCUUCUUGCAAGACGACCUGAAGACGCCUACUGCCAAUAAAUGGAUGUACGAUGUUGUAUGCUGGGCCGUGACGCAAUGGUCAUGGGCAUACAUUGUCCAGAGUUUUGUUGUCCUCUCCUUCAAGGACUCUCUCAAGUUUGAUUUGCGGUAUGGGUUCUACGUGCAUGUCGGUAUGCUAUUGACGGUGGCGUUCUUCAAGAGCCCAGCAGGCGCCCUCGUCAAGCGUCAAGUCCGCCAACGCCAGCAACUUUUGGAGAAGUCAAGCAAGGAGACUUCCAAGGUUGGACGGGAUCCUGAACUCAAGGUGGAUGUAUUGAGUGAUCAAUUGACUGAAGAGGUCCAAGCCCUCAAGAAGGAUUUAGAUGAACAGGUGCUAGGCAAGCGCCGGCCUGUUGCUACCUAGCCAAUCUGGUAAUUAUUAGAGUGUGUGUAGAUUGAAAGAGACGUCUCAUGAUCUAC